AGUUCGAAAAUUCUGAGAAGCCAUAUGAAAUUUGAUAAUUAUACAGGUAGUCGAUGGCAAUGAAUUUUCAAUGGAAAUCGUAAUUUUCGAUGGCCAACAGGUAAAAAACGUUUCGCCUAUGCCAUCGAGCAUUCGUAGUAACAAGAAAAGAGAAUUCCACGAAAGUAGGCCCAAACAAGAAUACGGAUUAGGUUUCUCAAGGCUCGAUCGACAAUGAUUUAUCAGUUGUUCUUUUAACCUCGUGUUGAGCAGAAUGUUCGCUGAACUCCUGAAGUUUCUUUUGCAUUUGGCUCUGUGGCAAUGUAUAAGCGGCCGUAUUCCAUUGAUGCCCAAACUCUACGGGCAAGACAGUGCAAUUAUUGUUGACACUGAUAAGCUCAGAUUGAAUCCAAAGUUACAAAAUGGAAUCUAUUAUAAUAUUCCCGCCUUUAAGCUCAUCCAUCCGAUCACACAUAAUCCAUCGUCUAUUACGUACACAGAGACAGCAGUACCAAGAGGGGCUGGCGAGUAUCCCAAGGAUUUGAUUGACAUCGCUCGCACUAAGCUGGGCUUUAAGCGAAUAGAUCAGCUGCCCAGCCUAAGUGAGCUCGGGAGUCUGCUGGGCACUAGCAACGACGAUGAGACAAUCAAAUAUGUGCGCUCUCUGACUUCCACGGAUCAAGGCAUAGCACUGAUGAAGGCAUACUUGGAGUCAACCGAUUCCAACAAUGAUAGCAAGGAUAAGCCGGAAGCAAAUGAUAACUAUAACAAUGCCGAUUUCGAUGUCGACUACGAUGCGACGCCAUCCAGGCUCGAUAUACCUGUAACAACGCCGCAGAUGGAAACGGGGGGCUUGAUGAAGGGUGUGAACGAGUUCAUAAAUCAAUACAAAUUGUGGCCGGGACUGGAUAAUAGCACAAAAUCCAGACGGUUGCCAUAUAAGCAUAUGCUGGUGGCACCCGUUCAGCCAAACAGCAACCAUAAGCAGAGUUUAACACCAGCCUUACGACCCCUACUUUUACGGAGCCCAUUGCCCUAUCAUUAUCCUAUUCCAUUACGACCCGUAUUAUUUCCAAAACCCAUGACAACUACUACAAAGCCAGCCCCAGUCAGCAACGACGCAAACACGGAUUUGAGGCCGCCACACCUCAACACCCCUAAGGGGACGACAUCUGAUCUUGUGGCCCCGCAUGUUCACGAGCUAGCGCGGAUUGCUAACAUUUCCCCAGACCUUCUUGACAGCUUUUUGCAACAACAACCAAAGCUGGCCGAAUUGGCGAAAAGGUUUAGUCGAUUACCGCUGGCUCAACAGCACAGCAAAGCUAUUGACUCGCAAUUGUUUAUGGCUGUCAAAAGAGCCCUGGCACAGGAUAACUUAAAGCGUUUGCUUGGAGCAUCGCAGACAUAGAUUAAGUAUGGUGUCGUCAAUAAUAAAAAUUAUAUAAAUGUAACAUAUACAUAUUUUUAAACUGGGCUAGUAACGGAAUUUACGAUGUCCCUUUAUAGCCAUUCACAUACAUAUGUAUGUGAAUAAAUACAUUUAAAUUCAUACAUAUACAUGUCGCGACACCUCAAAAUGCAAUGUCCAUGGGACUUAGUGGUCAAUGUAUUAUUAAAUGUCGUUAGUUUUUUCUACCGUUGCUUGCAUUAUCGUCGCCUAAUUAUCAAUCAGCGACCAUUUACUGCUCAACGCAAGGGUAUUCUUGAUAAGUACAUACAUAUGUAUGUACGUAAUACAAUGUGUGUUUAACAAUUUAAUGAAAAUGAUGUACUAGGUAUUUUGAGCACAUCACUUUGGUAAGAUAGUUAAAUUACUCUUUGUCCAUUAAAAUAGCACCCGAGAGAAGAAAGUUACUAAACUAACGAGCGUGCAUUGGACAAUAAUUAUUACAUAGG